CAAACAAAGAGCGCAGGAGCUUUCAAACUGCUGCAGCCCCACGCCGAGUUGGGUACCGGAGAGGGGCCGGCGGGGGCCUCGCUAGUGGAGCCCAGCCGGGCUGGCAGCGGCUCAACGUGGCCUGGAUCGUUCCCACUCGCCGUACGUAGACACGGGGAUCGGACUCGUGGAUGAAGACAGCUAGCUGAGCCCAAGUUGAUCCACAGUUUGGUAUGUGAGACAUAUGCCAACCCUCCAACUGGGACACUAGCAAGUUGGAUUUAGCCUGCCACUUACCCCCUCAGCGUGACCGGCCCAGGACAUACGGGUUGCCACUCUCGUUCCAACGGGCUGGAAGUUGAAUCUCUUUCCACUUUGACAAGGGAGACACUCCACUGCUGUGUCACUUCCUUCCUGUUCCUCUCCCACAAGGAGCUGCAAGCCUGAAAAGAGUGGAUCCUUCUAUGUCUCUGAUGACCAGGACAGCAUCCUGCAGCCGCUAUCGGUCUGGAGCUGUGGUGACUCCAGAAAGGGCCAUGGCUACUAUAGGCAGCCCUGGGACACAAAACUAGCAGAGGCUUAACCUCUUCACUUGCAUGGCAUGCCCUCUUGUGCCACAGAUACUACCUCUAUUACUACCCACCAAGUGCCUUGUCUCCUUAACUGGCUUCUGGGACAGGAGUAAUGUCACUAGGGUCCUCGUGGGAGGAACAUGGCUCAGCUGGCUGCGCUAGCAGGAAUCCCGACUAAGGAUGUAGCUACAGAACACUAGCACAAAAAAGCAGAUUGGGAGGGGCUUUGAUCCAUGCCCCUUGUCCUGCCGAGUGAGCGAUGGGCCGCUUGGAUGACCAUGCCAAGAAGCGGAUAGUGGAGCUGCGCAAAGCCGGGCUGAGCUUCCGCAAAAUCAAGAAGGUCCUAGAGCUGGACAAUAUCCGGGUGACCCCGCAAGCUGUCUACCUGUUCCUCAAGCGUAAGAAUGUGGAGCCGGCACAGCCUCCAGGAGCCUCCCAUUUCCAACCAGCUGGAGGCCGGGGGAGCAGGAGAACGGCCAUCAACCGGGCUGGCUGGGAGGAUGAGCAGCUCUGGAACUUGCUGCAGGAAAAUGAGACUGAACAGAACAAGCAGGCGGAGCCCAGAGGCAGCAGGCAGCCAGGUCCCAGGACCCCAGCACUCCCCGGAAGAGCCACCGUGAGCUGCAAGGAGCCACACCUCCGUGAUAACCAAGACUGCAAGGAUGGCAUCAAAAUAGUCAGCGUGACAUCGCUGUGGAAGGAUAGUGGGCAGUUUGGGAAGGUGCCUACAGUGCCCAUGGGCCCAUCUCCAGCGGCACAGCUAUCCCCUAUUAACAGUAAGGCCUGGCUUUCUCAUUCGUUGUCCAUUAGUCUUGGAUAGGCCUCUCCACUUCUCUAAGCAGCCUGGUGAGUUGCCAAGCAGUACCAAGGGUCUCUGCUCACAUCCCUGUUUUCCAAACCCAGGCAGGCUGGACAGGACUCUUAGGCCCUGGAGCAUAGCUGAGGUGGGGGGAAAGUGCAUGGUGGAGCUGGAAGGACUUAGUCCCUAUAGAUGGAGGGGUCUCACUUCUCUGUGGGGCUGGGGAAAGGCUGGCACUCAGUUCAAGGGUCUCAUUUGAAAGUGCUUCUCUCUCUGGUUACUCUGUCAAUCCAUCCAGGUGACGACUGCUCUGGGAUUCGGACCUCAGCUGUGGGUAGCCACCCGGCUCCACUCCCAUCAGCCACGGCGCAGCAGCAGCCGAACACCCGGGGCAGGAUGUUCUUGUCGCCUGCCAGGAAUCCAGCCUUAAUUGUGAAGAAGAAGAUUGUGGACAGGGCCAUCCACCUCCAGAAAAAGGCAACCAUUCACAACGGGCACAGUCCAUCUGAUUCGACGACUGUCCUGCCCUUCUUGGUGGGAGUGCAGCCGGCCAACCAGCCUCCCAGGGCAAACCCAUCUGUCAUGGCAGCCUCUAUGAGCCGCAGUGCACAUGUCAAAGAUGCCAGCACUCAAACGGCCUUGCUUAACUCUGCAUGUUCUCCAGGCAAUCAGAACCCUGUGUGGGGUGGGCAGAUGCUGGCCCCUUCACCCACCCCCCAUGGCAUUGCCGAGAAGCUGGAUGCUGUACACACACAGGUGCAGAAACUGACACAUGCAGUGCACGCAGUGCUAGAGAGGCAGUGCCGCAUGGAGCGCCAGCAGGAGCAGCAGCAGCAUUUCCAGCAAGAGGUGCUGAUGAUGCUUCAGCAGCUCAGCUCCACCGUGAGCCAUGGGACAGUGCCAGGAAAUGAGCCCUAUGUCCCCUUCAGCAGCAUGGCUGAUUCCUCGCCCCCUGUGCCAAACUUCAGCCAAUUCAAGAUGGAGCUUAUCUGAUGAAAGGCUGAUGCUAACAUUCAUGGGCCUGGGCAUAGGAGUGGCCUGGAGCUAGCUCUGGACAAAGCAGCUGGCAUGGGCCACCCUAGCCAAAAUAUAAAGGGAUCUCAAGCAGGCAGCUGCAGCUGAGUGAAGAGAAGCAGGCAUUAGCACUUCAUAAACUGCAGCUCUAAGAGCCUGGCUAAGGCCCUGCUACUGCAAGAACAGAAGACUGGGUGGAGGAAGGCCACCAAUAACACCAAGACUCAGUCUGCUUCGGCCUAGUUAAUCCAGCCCUGCUGCCCCCAGGAAGAGGCAUGUACCCAUGGGAAGCUGAAACAUGCUAAAGGAAAGCCUUAAUUCUAGCCACUGUAUACAGCAAAUGAAAUACUGGUUUUGCCCCCGAGGCCCAGGUCCAAAGGAUAUGGAACUCCAGCAGUUUAGAGAGGCUGGCUACAGCCAAGCACCAUGUUACAUAGAAGGAAAACAUGGCAGGCAUCACUCUCUCCUUGGCAGAUCAAGCAUUUAAUGCUUACACAGGGAAGGGAGCGUGAGCAUUAGAAUGAACAGGAGCUUGGGUUUUGGAUGCUUUGGGCCCUUUCUUUCAGAGUGGUAUGUGGAGAGUAAAAUAAUCUCAGUAAAGUCUAUACACCCACUGCUCUAGAAACAGACUGGGCUCUAUGUGGCAUGCUGGUUGUUUUUCAUACACCAACCUCCCUAUAAGAGUAUGACUCCAUGGUAAUGAGACACCAGCUGCAAUCACACCUAUCUAUAGCUAAAGUACUGGAACAGUAAAGCCAGGGCAGUGCAUGCUGCAGGGUAGGCUAGCUGCAGGGAUAAUGAGCCAGUGUUCCAGGCAAGUUUGUACCCCUACACCAGCUGCACUCAUGCCCCAGGAUUGAUGGAGGAUGGAGGAUUCUCCUGCAAUGACCAAAAUUUAUGGAAUAAGGAGCAGAGGUAGGAACUGCUCAUUUCAUUGCACUUCAGGCCAAGUGCUAGUAAGUCCUCUCCCUGCCCCCUGAUCCCAGGGAAACCAAGGAUAGCUGUGGCAGUUGACCACAACUUAAACAGCCCCAUUCUUCCAUUGCUGCAUUUGGGUUGCUGUACAAUAAAAAACAUCUGAGCACAACACAGGGUACAUAACACGGGGUGGAGCGGGACUGUGGCAUGGGGCUCAUUGGGUAUA